AUGCGGGAAGUAUCACUAAGUUAAACAUAAAAUACAUUAAUUACACCGAGAUGGUUGUUUGAAAGCCUUUGUUUCUGUUAAUUAUGAUCAUUUAAGUUUAGAAUAUUCUAUCAGACCAAUAAAAACUACUUUUAAAAACAGAAAUAUGGAUUUUGUUAAAAAAAAAUGGGGAGGCGGAGAAGGGCUUAAUAACUGAUUAAAGGUUAUUUUCAAAAGGUCAUUUUAAUCUGGAGAACGAGACUCAAUCUGGACUUCUAAUUUAUUACAUACGAGUGUGGACCUAUCCAAUACGUCUACAGUCAGAUCUGGAUUUCUGCAAUAGAACAUAUUAAUGUUUAAUUAUUGCGCAUCUGUAUAUAUGUUCAAGCAACUAGUUAGAAAUAACUAAGGUUGAAUUUAAACUCUCUGGGAAUGUUAGGAAGAAAGAAAAGUGGGACCGGAGGGGGCGAGGAAAGGAAACAAGGACGCUCCUCCGCUGGUUUGGACCGCAGCCUGCUCCAUUCCUUCCAAUCCGUUCACCUCCAUUCACAGUAAAUAGAAGCAUGGAGGCUUGACUCUCGGGAUCUAACGUCGAACAGCGGGGGGUAUAGACGCUGCCGCAUGCGCUGUGCGUGAAACUACACCGCCGGGAGAAAACAGGAGCGCAAUAAGCGCAUUGUCAUUUAUAAUUUAGUCAUUUUAGGAAAAAGGAGGAGUGUAUUUGGGGAACGGAGCGGAGCAUGAAGCGGAUGGCCGUGGUGGCCAGGCACAAUGGCCUCGUCUCUCCUUUGGGGAACAACAACUCCGGGGCUUCGAGCAUCGUCUCCCCACCCCAAGCGAAAGCCACGAAUGUCUCCGCCUGUACUGACACUCCAGCCGGGGGUGGGAUGGACGGCCUGCUGGAUUUCUCCAAAGGCCCCACCGUGAAAACCGAGCUGGUGUGCAAAUGGACUGAGCGAACUUCUUCGAAGCCGAGGCUCGGGCGGACGGCGACGUCCGUCUGCGAGCAAACUUUCAGCUCCAUGCCCGAGCUCGUGGACCACGUCACCAGCGAGCACGUCGCGGCGGGGCUCGAGAGCCUCAGUCAUGUCUGCAUGUGGGACGAGUGUCUGCGCGGCGGGAAGGCGUUCAAAGCCAAAUACAAACUCAUCAACCACAUCCGCGUGCACACCGGGGAGAAGCCCUUCUCGUGCGCGUUUCCCAACUGCGGCAAGAUGUUCGCACGCUCAGAGAACCUCAAGAUCCACACGCGCACGCACACGGGCGAGAAGCCAUUCCAGUGUGAGUUUUGUGAGAGGCGCUUCGCUAACAGCAGCGACAGAAAGAAGCACUCGCAGGUCCACACUGCUUCAAAGCCCUACGACUGCAAGGCUCUGGGCUGCACCAAGUCUUACACCCACCCCAGCUCCCUGCGCAAGCACAUGAAGAUCCACGUCAAGUCGUCGCCUACCUCUGACCACCAGGACUUGUACAGCUUUGGCCAUCACCACCUCCAGCAACCUGUCCUCGAGCCCCUCGACCUGAAAAUGAACCACUUCACUUCGUCGCUUGCCAACAGGAGUUCUCAUUUCCCACUGUUGACCACUCACCAGUUAGAUCUCAGCUCUAGCAACGACGUAAGCGGUAAGGUGUUGCUGCGGAGUUCGUCUCCGGUGGCCAUGCCUCUGGAUCUCUCUCUGUCGGGCCUCAAGAGCCAGCUGAGCCAGAAGCAGCAGAGCUCCAGGACCCCCCGGCGGAGCCAGCGCUCGGUGAACCCGGCCUUAACUCAGCUGUCAAACAUUAAGGAGUGGUAUGUUUGCACGAGGACUACAGCGCCACACUUUCCACUGCUUCACCCAGACCACAUCAAGACAGAACGCAGCGACGAGGACGACUACGUCACGUAGGGCAUGGGCGAUGGUUGCUUCAGUCAGAACAAGCAGCUGUUUGCUCCUUAAUCAGUGGCUCCUGGUCAAGACUUUCAUCAAACAUCAAGACACUUAUUGUUUCACUAAACAACCCAUCUCUGAGAUAUGUGGACGAAAAUGUGGCGUCCAAAACAAUGGCAGAAAGGUCACCAUGAGAUUCUGAAACAAAGUUUUACAGCUAAUACGGUGGUUUUGUUAAAUCAAGAGUACCCAAGGAUGUUGCUUCCUAGAACUAUUUGAACAGGGUGUCUGAACUUUAGAACCAGUCUAAGGGCUGUGAUGUGUGAAGCAAUUUCAAGGGCUAAAGCGACAGCGAUGAAACAAGCCAACAGGCAGCUCAGCAUGUUCAAACAGCCGACUUAUGAAGUGCAGGGCUGUCAGAGCUGUCGAGGGUUUAGUAUUCUUCAAACAAGCUGGUAGAGGUUUGGUUUGUUGCUAAAAUAGUUGGAACCAGCUGGUCCUGCUGCCAGCUGGGAUUUCUUCGACAUGUUGUUAGAAGAGUUGACGAGCACUUUGUUUGAAGCAAACUGAGGCCUUUAGUAACAAAGAAUGAGUGGAAACCUGGUGGCAAGUGGUUUGGCUGCAGUUUGUCUAAGAAUUCAAUGCAUUCUGUACGAGUUCCCUUUCCUGUAGUAGAAAAAUUCAACAUCGCCAUGAGCUUGUCAGAAAAGUAAAUACAUUCUUGGGGUGGCGAAAACCAACAAACCAAUCAGAAACACCCUGAAUCAAUCCACUUCACCGGCCGCUCUGCUGGAUCAGCUCAUUGUGAAUUCAGUAGGAUCAUUUUUUAAGUUGCUAGACCUGGAAAAUACAUCAGCACAUCAUCUUUUAACAGAAUUAAAAACUUUCUUCAGCUCAUGGCAUGAACAACUUGAUAAGUUACAGCAAAUCAGGCAGAUUGAUAGAGCUGACAUCCAAGGUAAUGCUGCAUAAGAACACGGAUAUUGUUCUGCACUAAAUGUAUUGUCUGUUAAAGCUGCAGUAUGUAACUUUUGUUGAAACGUGCACUAUGACAUGGCAGUAUGUUCUGAGACACAUAAUCUGUGAAAAACUUUAGCUCUUCUGCCCUCUCUCAGUGCUAUCUAGUUACAACCACUCAGUCAGGAGGCGGGUCUUAGUGCUGUCAAACAACCUCUUUGUGUUGCUGCUUCACCCCGCCCCUCACUCCCUCUCUGCUCUUUGCUCAGCUGUAGCUUCUUCCUGAAAGCAGAUCCUGCUGUGAAUGGCCACAGAUGAUGGCAGAUAAAUGGUUUUUCUGUAACAGUAAGUUGUUUCUCUGGCAUUAGCACAUUGAGCAGCCAAUACAUGAGGUUGAUUGACAGCAGUUAGACCCUCCUCCCGGCUCUGAUUGGUUGUUUUUUGUCAGAGGGAUGUAGUUCUUCAGACAACAUUAAUAGCUCAAGGAAGGAGGUGGAAGAUAUUGACCUUUUUGCAGAUUAUCUCAUAUUAUGCUGUAAUGACAUAGUGACAGUUUUAACAAAUACGUAAACAAACAUUUCUUUUCCUAAAAGUUGCAAACUGUUAGUGAACAACACAAAGUUAUUCACUAACAUGGUGUUACAUCCCACCGAUUCUCCCAUAUGUUUAGUUUGAGUUGUUUUAAAUGGUUAACUUAAGAUAACAAGCCUUUCACCAUUCACAAGAUGUAUUUCCAGCAAGCUCAUGGUCAAAUGACAUCUUUGUAAAAAAUAAAAAUAAAUAUUUUUGACAGUACCUAUACAAAACUUCACUUCAAAAAAUCCAAUCUUCAGGUCCUACCAGUGGCUCAGCGACCUGUGUCUGGUUACAUUCCAGUUUACAGCUCAGGAUUUCCAAAAUGGCCACCAAUCUUAACUCACAGGUGUCUGCGCUAGAUGAAGUAGAGUGGGCAAUGAACUGGUGGAGAGAUAUUAAUUUUGUAUAUGUGGAAGUGUGAUCAUUCUUAAUUGUGAGUGGCAAGGGGCCUAUUUACUUUCUGUUGCUCCAGCUUAACUUCUAGCGAAAUGAGUGCACUUACUUCUCCUGGAGGACGUUCACUUAGUUUUACUUGGCAGCAAAACGAAAGAACAAAAAAAAAAUCUGAUUAUGAAAUAAAAUCAAGGAAUCCCUCAAUGUUGUAUAAAAAAUGUAGAAUCAUCCUUUUAUUUGCUGUUCUACAAAAAUACCAGUGCAGAGUCAGACCCAACUCUGACAAUGAGUCUGCAUAUCGACCUGAUGAGCCAUCAUGUUCCUGGUUGAUUCACAAAAAAACAUGUCCACAAAAAAAUCUAAGCUGAAAUAGCUAAAUAUAGCAGUUGGAAUUAAUAAAAAAUAGCUGAAAUAAUUCCUAAUAUGCUCAGUCUAACAUUUGGUCUCAGAACAAACCAGAUAUGAAAGUUAUAAAGAUUGAAAGUUAAAGCGUGAUCUAUACACACAUGUCUUCUACAUCUCAGCAUCAUCUGAUGGUGUUGUUGAUUCGGAGUUGAGGGGGUCAAAGUUGAUCCAUUACUGAUCAAUCUUGGGAGUUAGAGCUGUAAUGACCUUGGGAUAAAAGCAUAACGUCCUUAACAAAUUGUUUCCUCACAAACCUUCUCUUGUCAUAAAUCGCUAAUCAAGCAACAAUGUGCGGCAGUUGAAGAUGAAAGGGAUUAACUGUUGAGUCCUGAAUCUGCACUGAACAAAAAUAAAUAAGCUAGAACAUUUGUUUGGUAUCUUGCCCUAAUGAAACAAUAACUGCCUUAAGAAAAGAAGUAUCUUUCCAGUUACUAGGGAUAGGGGCGUUCCUAAAGGAACAGGACAGAUUCCAGUAAAUGCACUAACGCAAUAAAUGCACAGGAGGACCUCAGCGUUUUGGACCCUUUAUUCAUUCUACCAAUCAAAUGCAGAAGAGGUUUGGAGAUGAUGAAGUCAGUUUUCAGAGGAUGAUAAUCCAUCUGCCCAGGAAAGCAGAUCAACUCAAAUGUUCUUAAUCCAAUUGUAUUCAGUGGAUUCAAUUCCUCCUAAAGUCAAGCUGUUAGAGGUGGGACAAUGUUCUCAGUAUUGAGGGAUUCCAUAAUUUCUGUAUAAAAACAUGUGCCAUUAAUAAUAACAGUAUCAUUUCAUGUUCGGAGUUCUGUUUCGCGAAGCCAAGCGUUGAGCUGUCCAACCUCUGGCUUUAGGCCAUAUCGGUAGUUUUGGAUCAAGAACCCUCCAGGAAUAGUAACUUCAUGUUGCUCCAAAGAAUAAAAUGUUUCAAACGGUCAGCUUGGCGUCCAGACCCAACUGGAUGUGUUGAUGUGACAGACUAGCACUUCCAUGUAAUUCCCAGACUGAACUGGGAUCACAACUCGAACCUACCAGAGUUUCUCUCUCAGUUUUCAGACGCUUUCUUGUUUUAUCCGAGAUGUUCUGGCUCAGUCAGAUGUUCAUGGUACUGGCUGUUCUGUCCCCAGUAAAUUGCUAAAGUUAAGGAAGUGGCUGAAACGAAUGAUGGGUAAAUUCCAGUGAAGUGAACCUGCCGUAUAGAACAAGCCUUCAGAUCAUCAGACCCCUCUCAAUUCCAAUUACUGUGCGACAAAAAUGAGAGAAAUAGAAUAAAGACAAACGAUUGGACUUUAAAAAGUUGAAUCCUGUUGCUGACGAAUGUUUUUUAUAAACAUUUAUUGUCUUUUUUUUCCUGUUAAUGUCUUCUGUUGUCUUAAAUGGCUCCUGGCUUCAGCCUUUGUAUGCAUUUUUUUAUGGUAGACUGGAGAGGUUUGUUCUGUAUUUAGAUGGAUAGCAUCCGGAGUGACCUGGUCAGCCCUGGCCCUGAUGUGGUUGCAGAUGUUCUGCAGCUCUUCUUGAAAAUGGACAAAGGUAACGAACACGAGUGAAACAAAGACUGUCUCUAGUGACAUUUUUCUUUGUCCUUUAUUAUCAUUCUCAGCACAUUCACUUUGAAAUAAAUUCAAGCAGAAAACA